GCUGCUGCCACGAGGGGGCAGUAUUCACACAUCAGAACAUCGUGAACCAUAGAAGAACACCGACGCUAAAUAGGGAAAUAAUGGCUUCGUUUCGUUGUUGAUUUAAUCAUAAAGCUGUCUUUAUCUGCCUCAUCUCCAUACGUUAAAUAUGAGGCGGUGAAAAAUCACAUGUUUUGUUUUUUAUUGUUUAUCUGAGCUCUCGGGCUACUAUAACCAGACAUCGGCGCUUGGGUCGAGCUCCUCUGUGGCCCAAAGAUGAUCAAGUUUGUCCUGAUGGUGAACCAGCAGGGUCAGACCCGGCUGUCCAGGUACUACGAGUCCGUGGAGCUGAGCAGGAGGGCGGCUCUGGAGGCCGACGCCGUCCGCUGCUGCCUGAGCCGCAAGAAGGACCAGUGUUCUUUUGUGGAGUUCAAGGACUUCAAGCUGGUGUACCGGCAGUACGCCGCCCUCAUCAUCGUGGUGGGAGUCUCAGACGGCGAGAAUGAGCUGUCCAUCUAUGAGCUGAUCCACAACUUUGUGGAGGUUCUGGACAAACACUUCAGCAGGGUGAGUGAACUGGACAUCAUGUUUAACCUGGACAGCAUCCACAUCAUCCUUGACGAGAUGAUCCAGAACGGACACAUCGUAGAAACCAACAAGAACCGCAUCCUGGCUCCGCUUACCGCCAUCAACAAGAUGGCUGAGGGGUGAUGGGUCCUGCAGAACCUGGUUCUGGUGGGUCCUGCAGAACCUGGUUCUGGUGGGUCCUGCAGAACCUGGUUCUGGUGGGUCCUGCAGAACCUGGUUCUGGUGGGUCCAGAACAGAAGAGGAAUAAAGCCUAAUCAGGUGAAGACCACAGCUGAAGUUCCAGAAUUUCUCAGGAAGUCUGCAUGGAAAACUGUUUUUACAAAAUAAAAAACUUUAAAAACGGAACAUUGAUUGUAAAACACUUCAGUUUAACUGAAUUCAUGCUUUUAUAUCUGUGCCAAAAGCCAAGGUAUAUAGGUUUCUAUUUCCUGUCCCUUUCACAAUAAAAUUCUUGGGUGAAAGAAAAA